GCAGUCAGAGGUCUCCAUCUCAGCUUUUCUCGGUCUACGAGUAGCUCAGUCAGCUCCAUCAUGGCGAUGCACGCCAAAGCGACUCCACCGCAGAUCCCCGACACCCGCCGAGAGCUCUCCGAGCUGGUCAAGAGAAAACAAGAGCUUGCGGAGACUUUGGUGAAUCUGGAAAGACAGAUUUAUGCAUUUGAAGGCAGUUACCUGGAGGACACUCAGAUGUAUGGUAACAUCAUUCGAGGAUGGGACCGAUAUUUGACCAAUCAAAAGAAUUCAAACAGCAAGACGGAUAGGAGGAAUAGGAAGUUCAAGGAAGCGGAACGACUUUUCAGCAAGUCCUCCGUCACAUCAGUGGCGGCUGUUUGUGCUCUUGGAGGAAUUCCUGAUCAUAUGAAUGAAAAACGUGAACCAGGCAGCGGAACAGAGAGCGACACAUCCCCAGAUCUCCAAAACCAGGAAAACGAACCCAGCCAGGAAGACACAGAGGAUGCAGAUGGAGCCCUGCAGGACCUGAAACCCCAGAAAGCUGCUUCGUCGUCUUCUGCAAGCCACCAUAGCAGCCACAAGAAACGCAAGAACAAGAACAGACACAGUUCACUUCAGACCGGUUUGAUUAGAGAAGAUGCUCAAUUUUCAGAUCUGUGUUUGGAUUAGAUGGACAGAAAGAAGAUUUGGAGAAGUUAGUUUACUUUGAU